CGUGUUGUACAAUAGUGUACAGCCUUUACAUCACGACGGAAGUACGACCGCUUAUCAUCAGGCUAUUACUGUGCUAUUAAAGAUCGAGCAUCUGAAUCUGCGCUUUGGAACCUCACCGAUGUAACUUUUCGCUCGCGCUCUUAUGUUUAACGUGGAUUUAUUUUCGGAGGAUGUUUGUUGAGAGGUUCCGAAGACUGAUUAACAAUGGAUCCUUCUUUUGUUUGUGUUUGUUGAUCGCAAAUGGUGUGUUUGGUGCUGAUACAGAUAAAGUAAAGUCAGUAUCUGUGAUGGAGGGCGAUUCUGUCCUUCUGAACACAGAUGUUACUGAUGUCAAAAGAGAUUAUCAGAUACUGUGGAUGUUUGGACCUCAAGAGAGUCGGAUAGCUGAAAUUUAUAAGGAGAACAUAGAUUUUUAUGACAGUAAUGGGACAUAUGGAGACAGACUAAAGAUGGACAAUAAAACUGGGUCUCUGACAAUCACAAAAAUUAGAAUUGUACACUCUGGACUUUAUAAACUAAACAUCAUCAGCAGUGGAGGAUCUUCAUACCUGAGAUUCAGUGUUACUGUCUAUGCUCGUCUGCCCACUCCUGUCAUCACAGAGAAAUCUACAUCAGUUCAAAAUCCGUCAUCAUCAUCCCCAGUCCCCAAAUGUGCGUUCGACUGUUCUGUGUUGAACGUGAGCAAUGCGAGUCUCUCCUGGUACAAAGGAAACCGUUUAUUCUCCAGCUACGAAGUGUCUGAUCUCAACAACAGCAUCUAUCUGCACCUGGAGUGUCUGGAUGAUUCUUACAGCUGCGUUGUGGCGUAUUCAUUCACCAACCAGACUUCACACCUCAACAACACGCCACACUGUCAGAUAUGCUCAGGGGCUGUUCAUCGCUCACACAUAAUACUGCUGAUUGCUGUUGCUGUAUUGCUGGCAUUGGUGUGUGCUGUAUUUCUGUGCUGUCACCGCAGAAAGUGUAAACAAAUGGGAAAAGCCAAGAUUCAGGAGGAAGAGAUGGAUUAUGCUGAACCAAUAUUCUGUACACAACGUCUUCAGAGUACGGACGUAAUUGCGGAAGAUCACACAGUGUACUCAAGUAUCAGGACAUGAGUUUAGGAUCCAGGAUCUGUUCAUAUUUACCGUUAUCAUAAAUCAACAUUGCCAGUGUUUUUUACUGUAUGUUUAAUAUUUUCCACGUAUGUUAAAGUCAAGGUUUACUUCCAGAACAGUGAGUAAUAUUUAACUCCUGUUUCACAGAGCCAGUAUUUUUAUACAGAAAAUAUCAGUAUUAAAAGGAUCGGAAGUUCAUGUUUAAUAUGUACUUGCACUGUUCAUUUCUUUUUUUAUAGAUCACAUUUUUUAAUAUAGGUUUUAUUUUUGAUUGAUUUAUGUGUUUUUAAAUACGUUUUGUAAUGCUGUAGGGUUUCUUUAUAUAUUAUAAAUACUUCUUUGGCUUUUUAAUGAGUUAAACAGACCGAACAUUGUUCUGUUUUCCUGUUUAUCACUUCUCCACCCUCAUCCUGUUUAUAAAAAGCACUGUAAGAUAA